GUUGAAAAUAAAACAUUCUUUUAUUAUUCCCAAUAUUUUAGUAUAUUAAUAUUCAAAUUAUUUGAAACAACAAACUAUUCAUCGAACUCUCAGCUUCUGAAUUUUAUGCUCUUCGUGUCGUGUAAUCUUUAAGGAAAAAAGAAAACCCCAGAAGAGGGUACCAAGAUGUCUAGUCGCACCAGCAGUGGUAGUGUCAACUCUAUUGACAUUGAAGAACUGUUACAGAUUGGUACGAGAUGUAAAGAGCUAAGGAAAGAGAAGGAUAUGUUGAGGGAGUCGCAAUCAGAAAGCUUCGAAUUGAUCAGAAGACUGGAACAACAUGCAAAGGCAUUAUCUGAAGUCCGCACAGAAGACAAGAGACACAUCCAUGAUUUGGAAAAGGAGUUAAAGAAUUGCUCUCAAGAAAUAGAUUACCUGCAGGACCAAUUGAAUGCAAGGAACAUGGAGGUAAACUCUCUGGGUGAGCAUGUACACAGUCUCGAGUUAGAACUUGCAGACAUGAGGAAUUUAGAGGAGAAUGUGGGCAGGUUAAAGGAGGAACUGGAGAAGUCCACUUCAGAGCGCUUCUUGUUAAUGCAGGAAUUAGAGAACAAAGAAGCGGAGCUACAGAAGUCAACUUCAUGCAUAGAGAAACUAGAGGAGUUGAACUCAUCUAUUACACUGGAGUACCAAUGUGAAAUAGAGAGCAUGAAGCUUGAUCUCAUGGUCUUGGAGCAGAGUAAUUUUGAAGCUAAGAAAUUCCAAGAAGAAACUGCUCUAGAAAAAGCUAGGAUGAAUGAGUUGAUUCAAGAUUUUGAGCUUCAGAUUCAGGAUGCACAAAAGGUUAUUGAAUGCUUAGAUAAGGAAAACAAAGAACUGAGUGAGAAGCUUGAAAUUUCUGAAAUGAAUGCCAGCGUAUUUUGUCGAAAGAUGGAAGAACAAUUUGGAAAAUAUCUGGAAAACAGCGCUGGAGUUCAGUCAAGCACCCAGUUUUCAUCAGGAGAAAUAGAAAAAGAUACAAGCAUUUGUGGGAACAUUCUGGGUCCACUCCUCUCCAGACUGGCGAUGAUAGGAGCACCGGACAAAAUUUUGAAGGACAAGAUGGAGGAAAUGGCAUGCCAGAUCCAUGAAUAUGAACUUCUUGUGAAGCAGCUUAAGGAAGAAUUGAGGGAGGAAAAGUUAAAGGCGAAGGAAGAGGCAGAGGAUUUAGCUCAAGAGAUGGCUGAGCUAAGAUACCAAAUAACAGGUUUGCUUGAAGAAGAGUGCAAACGUCGUGCUUGCAUCGAACAAGUGUCUUUACAGAGAAUAGCAGAGUUGGAGGCUCAGAUUCAAAAAGAACGGAGGAAAUCCUUUACUUCCAUCAGAAAUAGCCGUGAAGCAUAAAAAAUGGCUGUAUCAAAAGAUUCAAAACAAUGGGGGUUCAGUAUUUACAAAAUGUGUAAAGAGAGGUUCCAGCAUUUGUCCUGCACACUUAAAUUCUGUAAGCAGCAGCUUUGGUUUAGACUUUAGAGGUGCUGACAGUUUCGGGUUUCUAACAGCUUCUGCACUGACUCUAUUCUAAGCCUUUGACAAACAUGGUAUUGCACAAAUGUGGUGAGUGUGAAAUCUUGAAAUGUUUUUGUUAAAUUGCUACAACAAAGAGCCUCCAGAAGCGAAAACUUUCAAAUUCAGUAUAUCAGCUGGUGCAGUUCUUUGUGGGGCCUCUAGAUUAUAAGAGUGAAGAAGUCGGGUAACCAAAAUUGGUUGUCGGCGAACAGUAAAUUGUAUUUAUGCAAAUGUCUCUUGUUUGUUGUGAUGUGUAAUCGAAUUUUUCUUGAAUACUCAUCAGCUUCCUGAAAACUGUAUAGUGCAAAGAGUCCUGUAAGAAUAUAUUUGAUUAUGUGCAUCACAUUGGAUGUGGAAUAUUUAAUGGAGUUGGAAAUUGCCAAGGACUGCAUUUGUAA